AUUCGAACCAGCAAGAUGGCCAAGACCCCCAGCAAAAAGUCCGCCAAGGCCCCGAAGAAGACGGGCGAGAAGGGCAAGGCCAAGAAGGGCAAGCGCGUGGAAUCGUACUCGACGUACAUCUACAAGGUCCUCAAGCAGGUCCACCCGGAGACCGGUAUCUCCAAGCGUGGCAUGUCGAUCAUGAACUCGUUCAUCAACGAUAUCUUCGAGCGCAUCGCCUCGGAGGCCGGCAAGCUCUCGCGCUACAACAAGAAGUCGACCUUGUCGUCGCGUGAGAUCCAGACCGCCGUGCGCCUCAUGCUCCCCGGUGAGCUUGCCAAGCACGCCGUCUCGGAAGGCACGAAGGCCGUGACCAAGUUCACGUCGUCGGCUUAAAUCCUCGAGCGAUGAGCGUGGCAUUUGCUUGGCCAUGGCAACAUGGCCUCCCUCAAUUUGGUGUUUUUAAACACCACCCCUCUCCCUACGAAAUGAUAUCCUAUACUGUACAGUCAUGCUCAACUGCUCCUAAGUGCAGGACGUCGAAGCAACGAGAACGUUACGACGGCGUGCCCACAAGAACCUCGGCUCUAAACGUCACGUAUCUAUACGUGACUCUCGCUGUAUUUGAACACUUCGCAGGAGAGCAAUAAAGCAUCCGACAAGAUAUUUUUACCAUUGGCAA